UUACAGAGGAGCAACUUCUCAUGUGUGCUGUGGAGGAACUUUCGCUAAACAAGUAUUGCAAAGAAUAUUGGUGUAAUAUAACGGCAUAAUCCGACAGAUGGCAACUGGAUAGCAGUUAGCAUAGCCUAGUAGCGGUGCUGUGGACUCGUUCGCUUUAGCUCGGUAGCUUUGUGAAUGUGUUUGACAGGAGUGAAUGACAGCUGCUGCUUGGAUACACCGGUAGAGACGCAGGUUUCAGAGUGAAACUCUUCGGUCAGUGGACACAUGCAUAUUUCACCGUGGACUGCAACUUAACUGCGUUUGCUAGCGUCGGACAUCGUCUUCUGUCUGUUUCGAGCUAACGAUGCCCCUCGGCCCUGCUAACCAUUCUCAGUUUAUUCGCUCCAUCCAGAAGGACGAAUACUAUCAAACUUUCCUGAAAAACAACAGCAACGAAGCUUAUCAAACACUUGCAGGUUCCAAACGUUGGUUGGACUGGAGGAAAGAGAUAGAGCUGCUGUCAGAUUUUGUCUACUAUGGUUUAACAACGUUCUCCGGUUACCAAACUCUUGGUGAGGAGUAUGUCAGCAUCGUGCAGGUGGAUCCCAGUAAACGGCACAUCCCCUCCCGGGCAAGACGAGGCUUCUUUGUCCUCUGUCAUGCCCUCUUGCCGUAUCUGCUGGACAAGGUCCUGGUGUGCCUGGAGAACGAGCUGGAUGGUGGGCAGGAGAGCCUCAGCGGUGUCAGGCGGCGGCAGACAACUGCCGGGACAUGGAGCCUGGAGGCUUGGCUGAGGAGGUGGAUGCAGACAGCAGUUGGGUUGUUGUCAGAGCCCCAGAGGAAAGCGUGCCUGCCGGCCAUGUUUGUCCUCCGACAGGGUCUUACCCUCCUGCACCAGUUCCAUGUGGCUCUGUUCUACCUCACUGGCUCUUUUUAUCACCUAUCCAAGAGGAUGGCUGGUAUCAGCUAUCUGCAUGUGAUGGGGCGAUACAGCAGUGACGGGACCAUCAGGAGCAGCUACAGGCUGCUAGGUGCCUUGUCCCUCCUUCAGCUGGUCAUGACUGUUUGUCUCCAGCUCAACAAUUUCAGACAGAGACAGAGAGCCAGGACGGAGUGGAAGCUCUACAGAAAGCUCAGAAAAGACCUACAUUCAACACAUGACACGAACUCUGUCUCUGCAGUCCUCAGCGCACAAAGAGCUCGAGCUCCAGAGUCGCCCGCUGCAUCCUCUGUCUGGAGGAGAGGAGACACUCCACCUCCACCCCCUGUGGACACCUCUUCUGCUGGGAGUGCAUCACAGAGUGGUGCAACACCAAGGCGGAGUGCCCCCUUUGUCGGGAGAAGUUCCAGCCUCACAGACUGGUGUACCUCAGGAACUACAGCUAGAUCUACAGAGCCAGACAACACACACACACACACACACACACACACACAAACACACAGACUGUAAUACUUGCCCCUCUGGAACACAAGAAGACAGAAAUUAUGUUUUACAACUUUAACUUGGUGUUACAACAUAUUGUUGCUUCUUCAGGUUUAACAUUUAUGUUCUUUUCUUUUUUUUUUCUUCUUUUUUAUAUUAACUGAAGAGAAGAUGUGGAAUUAAAAUGAAACUUUGAAUUGUCUCAAUUAA